AUGCCGACGCGACCGGUCUUGUUCCGCAUCGCACGACUAGCGCAUACACCUCGAAACGCCUGCUUUGUCCGAGCCAACUUCCACUCAUACGAGCAUCCUCCCUCAGCGAAUUCGUUUGGCGAUGUGGAAAAUGCUAUUCUUUCAGCAGCCUAUCAGCAUGUACCGGAACACGGCUUCUCUCACCGUGCCUUGAGCCUCGGGGCGCGCGAUGCUGGUUACCUCGACAUCAGCCCUAGCGCCUUGUCGGAUGGCGUAUUCAGCCUAAUACGUUUUCACCUCGUCCGCCAGCGCUUAGACCUCGCCAAUAAAAGCAGACAAUUGUUUGAUACGAGCGAAGACAAUAUUUCGGGCCAGGGGGUUGGAUUCAAGAUAGCUGCAUUGGCGUGGGCCAGACUCGCGGCAAACAAGGACAUUAUCCACAAGUGGCAAGAGGUAUGA